UAUGUAGGAGCUAUGCUAGACUUUCAGGUUUCUUGUCCCGAGGCAAACCUGGAAACUCAUCCCUUUGUCAGGGUUCGUGUUUGUGCUCCUGGAGUUUGUGGUGCCUGUGGGCUGUGACACGGAUCUCUGAGCUGCUGCUGAACCUGUUAAGCUGUAGUUUGGUGGUGGGUGGCAGCACUCUUGAACAAACGUAGAAAAUCACAGCCUCAGUGGCCUGAGUCAGGAGUCAGUUCUCAUGUGGUGUUUUGUGAUCUUUUAGUUUAUGCCUCUUUCUGAGUUGUUACAUCCUAAUUUAUGUUCCGACCACUGACCAUUCACAGAGGCUUGCUCUCUGCUCUCACUGUGUCUAUACCCAACUUCAGCAUUUUCUCAUCUCCCCAGUGUUCUUGUCCUGUGCCAGCACGUUUGCAUGUGUAGCUGUGAUAUGACAUGAUACAGAAGUGUCAUGGCUGUGCAGCAGACAGCUCUCCACAUGUGGAAUUGCACAUGGCUGUGCAGUGUCACUGUGGGGGUACUGAGGCUGUUAUCUCACCUCAGAGCUGCAAAACCUCAUAAAUCUUUCUACCAGGAGUUAUUUGUUUCCAACAGGUCCUGGCUUUUGAGUAUUGGAGUCAAAUUCCUGGGUUUUGUUUCCACACCGAAUGACUCUGUUUUCUAUAUUUGUGAAAAUAAGACACACAGUGGAAGAAGUGCCCAUUAUUGUAGGCACAUUUUUACAACAUAUUUGCCUCACACAUAAAAGAUUGGCAGCCUGUUGGUGCACGCUGUGUGCAAAGGAAAUACAGUGUCUGCAUUGAUUACUGCCAGCCUUGUAUUUGGGGUGCUCUAGGUGCCUGUGUGACCCCAAAAUGCUGCCUUGCCAGCAGUGUAGGAGGGAACUGCUGUUUCAGGCAACUACUCUUGUUUUCCCUGUUUCAGGCCACUUUGAGUGCCCCCCAUACAACCAGCAAACAAUUAGAAGUGCUUACCAUGUGAGGAACAUUGAAGUCUUCAAACUCAAACAGCUGAAGCGUCCCAUGGAUAUAUUCAUGUCCCACGACUGGCCCAGGAGCAUUUACCACUAUGGGAACAAGAAACAGCUCCUCAAAAUGAAAUCCUUCUUCCGCCAAGAAGUGGAGAGCAACACUCUGGGGAACCCUGCUGCCUCUGAGCUCCUGCAGCACCUCAAACCCACCUACUGGUUCUCAGCACAUCUGCACGUUAAAUUCGCAGCUUUCAUGCAGCAUGAGACAAGCUCCAAAGAAGAGCUGCCAAAAGCAACCAAGUUUCUGGCUCUGGAUAAAUGCCUGCCACACAGAGACUUCCUGCAGAUAAUAGAUGUGGAGCACGAUCCUAACGCGGGUGACUCCCUGGAGUAUGAUGCCGAGUGGAUCGCAGUGCUCAAGGCCACCAACAGCCUGGUUAAUGUGACUCAGUGCUCCUGGAACAUGCCUGAAAAGAAUGGCCUCCAUGCCAAGUGGGAUUACAGCGCGACCGACGAAGCCAUCAAAGAGGUGUUAGAAGAGCUGAAUCACAACCUCACAAUUCCCUCUAACUUCACCCUGACCGCUGCUUGUUAUGAUCCCAGCAAGCCCCAGAAAAACAUGCAGCCAGUUCAUACCAUCAAUCCUCAGACCACCGAGUUCUGCGCCCAGUUUGGCCUCACUGACAUCAACGACAGGAUCCAGCAGGCGAAGGAAGAGGGCUCAGGACGGGGUGAAUAUGAAGAGGAGGAGGAGGAGGAGGAGAUGGACAGCACUGGGUCAGCAGAGGAGCCCAGUGAAUAUACCACAGAUAACUCUGGCCUUUCCUCCAUCAAUCCAGAUGAGAUAAUGCUGGAUGAAGAAGGUGGCGAUGAAGACUUGAGUACGUGCUCUGUAGAUCCUUCCCCUGAUCACCCCCCCGAGUUCUCCACGAGCUUCUCCGACAUCCGGAUCAUGCCGGAUUCCAUGGCGGUGUCCUCCGAUGAUGCCAUGGACUCCAACAACGAGGAUCUGGAGAAGUCUGCUGGGAGUAAGCAGGGGGAGGAGAAGAGCUCCACUGAGAGACCGUUGAAGCGCACGGGGGGUGAUGAGAACGGGAACAGCGGCGUUAAAAAGAUUAAGAGGAGGAAUCAAGCCAUCUAUGCUGCAGAGGAGGAAGAUAAAACAGAUUAGCACUUCCUGUGAUGGAUAACUAAGUUCUCUGCCAGCCUUUCUGUGGGAAGGUGGGGAGAACUGGUGGACUGCUCGUGCUUUUAAUGUUAACGUGAUCUUAUUCGUUUACUUUCUUAAGCUCAAGGGGCUGGAUGUACCUCUCACAGGGAAGAUGAUUUAUCUGGGUUAAACAUGGAAGUCAGAAGCAGACUUUUCCAACAAAGUACUUUGACAAAGGAUCUAAAGCCUAUCUGUCACUCAGUUUUGCUUCAGUCCCUGGUUAUUGUGUAUGCUCCAUAUGUUCAGCUCUACAGCUCUGCAAGAGUCACUGUGCUUGUCUAACAAGAACUUAGAAUGUAACCCAGGCCCAAGUGAGAGGAUGUCUGACUUACAAGACUGAAUGAUUUGAUUUUAUUGCUUUUGUCUUGUUUUAUACUGAACUUUUAAUACAAAGUAGCACACAAAAUAGCUCUAUGAAUUACAUUUGGAAGUAGAAUUCCCAGGAUAAUGAAACAGCAAUAGAAGAAUGAAGAUUUUUUUUUUUUUCUGGUCAUAGUCAUGCCAUAGAAAAACUUCAUGGUUGUAAACAAAACUGUGUAUUGUCCUGAAUUGCUUUUAAUUAGAGUUUUGGUAGGGAACCAAGUCUCUUGAUUUGGAGGAUGACGGUUUUAUGGGGACCAUGGCAAAGUACAUCUCUGUUCUUAGAACCUCAUUUGUAUUCUGUUUCUUAAGACUUGAGAACAAUGUCUUAAAACACAAGUAGUUGGGAAGAACAGCUCCCUAAAUGUGGGCAUCACCACUGUCCUGGCUCUUACUGAUUACUAAUUAAGGCUGUGCUGUUCAUACAAGGUGGUGGAUGUUUUUAAGUUGCCUGAGGCAGUAACACCCACUGUGAUCAUCAGCCUCCCUUUUCACCUGUCACUUCUUUUCAGUAGCUGUAACUUGCUGAACUCUUAGGGCUGGAUUUGGGAUCUUCCAAAGCACCUUCAUAACCAUCAGCUGAGAAUAGAGACCCUCUUGGAAGAUUUCUUACUGCUUUUCUUUCCCCUGAAUUGUUAGCAAUCAAAUUACACUCCUUUGGCCUGAAAGGCUGUGAGGAUAACAAAACUUCCCCAGUUCAUGGCAGUGACAGUGUUUUCAAGCAGAUGUCAUUACACUCCUUUCUGCCAGUGUCUUCUGGUGUUCUGGGCUGAGCUUUUGGAGUCCAGACUUCCCCACAACUGUGCUGCCCUUGGCAGCAGAAGUAGCUCCUGUGCUUUCCCCCUCCAAGGCACGGGGAGUGUGAGGGGAAGAAGGAACUGGACAGGGAGCAGUGAGUGCAAUGGAUUGGUGAGUGAGUUCUGUAGCAGGGAAACACUCUGAGCUCAAGACUUCUGUCUUUAAAGCCACUUCCAUGUCUGGGAUCCACCUUGGUUCCUCUCCUGUCAGCAGUUCACUAUGAGAACUAAAGGUGUGUAAGUAUUCAAGGGCUAGAAAAGGGCAAAAUUAAAGCUCCCUCAGUUCAGUUACCAGCUCCUCUGUCAGAACAGCCCCAAAGAGCUGUACUGAGGGGUGAGGAGAACCUGGGAGUGUUUGGGGUGACCCUCAGGGUGUGUAAAGUAGCUCUGAACUGUCAGAUAAGGUGCUGAAGGUAGUUGAGUCUCCUUAAGGGUCCUGGGUCUGCAGUGCUGAAAUCUGAAUCGUGCCUCGUGAUCUGAACACUAUAAUGGAAUAAAGUAUUUUAAGGAUAAA